UAUUGGCCCCAAUUUAGCUCCAUAGAUUCUGAGGAGCUCCUUCCUAAAACACAGUUACAUUCUGGUUAAUGUUUACAGUGUUUUUGCAUUUCUGGCUGCACGCGGGCAGGUGGUGAGUUCACGGCUCUGCUGAAAACAGUCGCUUCAAGUGUCAAAGCCUCAAGACGGAAAUAUAAAACAUAAACACCUUUUUUUUCUCAGGAAAUAAAUAAACCCACGAACGUAACGAAGCUCUUUCUAACCCCCAACAAACAAAGCAGACAAUGUGGCUCCAUCAGAACACGGCGGGUUAUUAAUAGCUGCUCCUCUUGUUUUUCGUUUGGCCGACGCUGCAGCGGAGCCGCGAACACACCCGAACCGCCAGGACUUCUCCCGAAAUAGCAGAAAUAAUAAGGCGCGCGCGGUUUUUUUCCCAGCGCGUGGGGACCGCAGGAGCCGCGAGCCCCCGACAAUUCCACGGCCCCCCUCCUCCUCCCGCCCUCCGCUCCCCCCUCCCCUGCCGGAGAAUGCUGGACUGACACAGUAGCGAUACGAGCGGAGCAGACAUGGAGGCCCGGUUACCGCGGGAGGCCCGUCCGGACACAGCCGAGCCCAGCGGACGCCGCGCCGGUUCGGAGCUCUGAGCGCCUCAGGAAGACUCCCGGACCCCGUUUGCUCUUCUGGAGGAUACCAUGAUGUGGCCACCUCGCUGAUACUCGUGAAGCUGGACGCAGAGGAUAAUGUGAGCUCCGUUUGUGGACACUUUGGAAGCUGAAGGACGGAGAAAGAGGGCUGGACCGCCACGAGGGAGAGGAGGACUUCACAAAGCCACGAGCUUCACCCUCACCGAUCCCUCCGUCUCCCCCUCUCCCACAUCUACAUAAAAACUUUCUGGAAUCCACAAGAUCUCCUCCGAGAUAGUGUUGCAGAGUUCCAAUGGAUCCGAAGAUUCAGAGUCCGCCCCCCCUUCUCUCUGAUGCCCCCACAGCGGACCGAGAGAAGGAAGGCGCUGGGGGAAAGAAGGAAGAGGACGAUGAGAAAAAGCGGGAUCGAGAAAAAGAGAAGACCGCCGCUGCCCCCGCCGGAGCGGGCGCCGCAGGUGAAGGCGGGCCCGAGGGAGCUAAUGGCGACCAAUCCCACUUCUCCAUCAAAGAGAGCAGCCUGUCUGAGGGCAACGUCAAGCUGAAGAUCGGCCUGCAAGCUAAACGCAUGAAGAAACCCCCAAAGAUCCUGGAGAACUAUGUGUGCCGGCCGGCCUUCAAGGCCACCAUACGACACACCAACCGAGGAGGAGGCGGAGCUCGUGCAAACCGAGCAGCGGCGGCCGUUGAUGGACAGCGCGGUGAGGGCCAGAGUCCUUCACAGGGGCGGGACAAAGAUAAGGAAAAAGGUCCCAGUGUGAGCAAAGCACCGCCGCCUUCAUCAACCCUCCCCUCUAAAACUUCUGCGCCUCCUUCUCCUGCUCCUCCAUCUGGCUGCACUAAUCCCCCGUCCUCCCAAGUGAAUGGGAGUGCUCCAGUAAAAAGGGUUCCUGCAACGGACGGGAAGGUGGAUUCAAAGUCGGACACGAAAGCAGCAGCAGCCUCAUCGGAGAGACCCCUAAACUUACACCGCCCCCAACCAGAGAACAAAACGCAUUCCUCCGGGAAGAAAACGCAGACUCAGCAGACACCUCCACCGACAUCCUCGCCGAGUUCAUCACUACCUGCACCCAAGGAGCCCACGUUCGAAGGGGUUAAGCCUCCCCAGUACACCUACAGUUCAGAGGGUCAGAGAGACAAGGACAAGGGGGUCCAAAGCUGGGGGGCCCCCACCGUCACAGAAAAACUCGCCCAGCUCAUCGCCACUUGCCCCCCAUCAAAAGCUUUAAAGCCAACUAAGCCCACCAAGAUCGACCCUGCCCCCCCCCUCCCGAGCUCCGGCUUUAUGGCCCCCACGGCCAAGCAGCGGGACCGAGCCAUGGCCAACAGGAAUACUUACUCGAGAAUGUUGCACCUGUCCCCUCCUCCCCCCGUAUCCAGACCCCCCGGUCGCCCCUACGGCUCAAGAAACAAAGAUGGCGUCGUGGAAAGUGUUCCAACAGCAGUGAGGAAGGACGACUCGGAUGGAUCUGGAAAAACCUGUAGCAGCAGCAGCAGCCCCGCCUUCACCUACAGCAACACCUGGCUGCCCACCAUGACCAAAGAUAGUAGCAGCGAAAACGGCAAAAUCAGCCUCUCUGUACCGCAGUCGUGCUCUGCUCAUAGUUUUCCACAAACCUCGUCGUCAUGUCCGGUUUCCCCCGCUGACCAGAGAACAUCCAGCUCCGGGAAUUACCUGGGCUCUCCGGGUCUCUCUCAAGGUCAGCGGGACUUCCCAGUCACAGUGGCCGAAAGCGCCGCACAUGAGAGAGAGCCGGACAGCGACACCCCCAGGGACUUAAGCAAGUGCCCCCCUCCAGCAGCAUCCGGAAGGCCAGAGGCAAAAGAAAAGGGAGGGAACAGUCAGUCUCUGCAUUUUGAGCGGGGAAAGAGCUGCAGUCCCAGUAAGCGCAGCCCCAACCGGGAAAGUAUUCAGUCAGGUCUCUACAGCAGCUCUCCUGAGCCUGAAAGGGAAACAGAGUUUUCUCCAGCAGAGAUGGAUGACGACGAGUGCUCAGAAACGCCUCCCAGAGACGAUUCCCCCGACUCGUCUAUGGACUCGUCCACCGAGCAGGACAGCAGGCCCCUGAAAAAGCGUAGAGGGAGGAAACCCCGCUGGAGCUGUGACGUGAACAAGACCUACGGCCAGAAAGGCCACGAAAGUCCCUGCAGCGACAGCAAGAACUCCAUGCUCUUUUCCUCCGACAUGGAGACGCCUCCUGUCAAAAGACCCGUCGGACGGCCUCCCAAUCCCAACAAGCUCAGACCCAGUUCUGUGCCGCAAAGUUCCAUGUCGCAGUUCUUCUCCGGGCAGCCCAAGAAAAGAGGAAGGCCCAAGUCUAAAAUGCCGAGACUCGACGCCCCGGGUCCGGGAGACUCACCCAACAAGCUGUUGCACUCCAAGGUCUUCUCAUCUCUGCUGAAGUCCAAAGAGGAGCAGGACCCUCCUGUCCUUCACCCAGAGGUGGACUUAAAUCCUCCGAAACCUCUGCCCAGAAAGCGUGGGCGCCCUAAACGCCCUCCUACGUUACCCCAGGAAGGGCAGCCCCCCACCCUGGCUCCAGAGGAAGACGAGGUGGAAGAGCAGCGCUUCCACAGCAGAGGAAACGGCCAGCUCAUCAUGAAAACCAUCAUCGGCAAGAUCAACAAGAUGAAAAGCGUGAAGAGGAAGCGGAUUCUGAGCCAGAUUCUUUUGGGUCCGAGACCGGAAGACCCCCCCAAAGGCAGCACCAGUGGGGUGGUUGGUUCUGCAGAAGCCACCCAGUCGUUAUCGUCUUUAGCCGCUUCUUUCGGGGGGAAGCUGGGGCCGCAGAUUAACGUCAGCAAAAAGGGAACUAUCUACAUGGGGAAGAGGAGAGGCCGUAAACCCAAGGCAACCGUCAUGGGUUCUACUUCCUCACCAGAACUCUUUCAGUCUCCGAACACCACCUCCCCUCUGUCCCACCAUCAGUCUCAGCCCCACUAUCUGUUCUCCUCUGACGUCUUUCCGUCCCCCUCCCUCUCACAGUCCAGCGGUGGCCACAGUCCCAUCAGCGAGGCCAGCUUUGUGGAUCCUGGCUCGGUGCACUUCGGAGGUCACUCUCACUACUCCAGCUCGCACCACAGUCACAACACGUUCUCCUUCCCCACGCCGACCUUCUCCGCCCCCAACAAGAUGCUGCCGUCUGCAGCUGCCUCUCAGAAGAAGUCGUCGUACCGAGGAUACCCUCUGCACCACCAUCACUACCGGCAGCACCACCACUACCACAAGCUGUCCCCUCCCAGGCCCAUCCACCCCACGUCCCCCGCCCCCCUCAAUGAGCUCAAAGAAGCCACGCCCUCUCCGGUCAGCGAGUCCCACAGCGAGGAGACGGUGCCCAGCGACAGCGGCAUUGGCACGGACAACAACAGUACAUCUGACCGCGGCGAGAAAGGCGGCGGCAUCGGUGGGAUGGGGCUGCCACCAGGGAUGGGAGGCGGGUUGUUGAUGCCGGGCGUGAUGAGUUCCGCCGUGGUUUCAGGGCUGAGCAUCAACUCCAGAGGGAGGCGCCGCCACUCUGCCGGGAUGGUAGAACGUCCCUCGCCUUCGCCAUCACCACACGGGGUGCGGUCGUCCCCAGAUCCCAGAAGACCUCACCCCGCGGCGCCAGCCGCCUCGCUGUUGGGCCACAAGGACAAACACAAGCACAAGUGUAAACGGCGCAGCCACGUUUGCCCCGGGUACGACAAGCUAAAGAGGCAGAAGCGGAAACGGAAGAAGAAGUACCUGCAGCUGCGGUCCCGGCGCCUCGACCCGGACUUUUUGGCUGAGCUAGAUGAGAUUAUCGUCAUGCUGAGUGAAGUUCGGAUCACCCACCGCUCCACCGGACACAGGCUGGGCAGCGGGAUCGGCAUCGCCGCGGGUGCAAGUAGAAUGCCGGGGCUGGGGAGUAGAGCGAGCGGCGGGCUAGGAGGCGCAGGAGGUCCUCCUCCUCAUCACUAUGUGCACCGGGAUCUCCUACCAACAAUUUUCAGGGUUAACUUUGGCCGCUUCUACUCCCAUCCCGCCUACUCCUGCGACCCCUUCCACUAUAUCCGGAAACCCGACAUGAAGAAGAAACGAGGACGACCUCCAAAGCUAAGAGAGUCCAUGUCUGAAGUCCCAUUCGUACCCGGUUUGGGAUUCCCGCUCUCCAGCGGGGGUUUCUACCACCCGCCGUACGGCGUUCCGUACUCCUCUGGACCCCUGGGGCUGGGAUACUACAGAGGCUACCCUCCAGCAAGUUCUCUGUAUGCUCACCCUCAUCACCAGUCUCCUCACACGCCGCCAUCCCACCACUCCCAUCACUCCCCAACCUUCCCGCCUCCGCCGCCCACCCCCUCCUACAUGCACCACCACCACCCUUCCCAUCUCCUGUUGAAUCCCUCCAAGUUCCACAAGAAGAAACACAAGCUGCUCCGGCAGGAGUACCUGGGAGGAGGAAGGUCGCCGGUCCUCUUCCCGCCGCUGUCUUCUGAGCUUUCCUUCAACUGGCACCAUAAACACAAACAUCGGCACAAACACAGAGAGCGCUGCUCCGAGGGAGAGGACGCAGCCAGGAGCGGAUCAGGAAUCCGGUCCGCCAGUGGGAUUCCUGACAAAGGAGCGUCGAGUAAAGCAGAUCCAGUUGGAAGUUUGGGAAUGUCCGAGACUCUACAGAGAUGCCGCUUUGGUAGAGACGGCUCCAGCAGUUCUGCCGGCAAGCAAAUCGUUGCCCCUUCUACCAAUUCCCCGUUGUCAUCUUCAUCGGCAGAACGUUUCAAGCGUAAGGAGAGCUCCAUGUCCUGCCUGGGACCCUCCCGGCUAACGCUGGGGAACAGCUCCUGGUUCCGGAUAGGCAGCUCUGAAGCGGACUACUCCAAAAUCUCCCAGAGCAUAGUGGCACCGGGCCAGGGCUCGUUCUCUGGAGAUCUGGCAGAAUGUUCUGACAGUGAAGAUGAAGACCGCCUCUCUCCCAGAGAAGAUGCCGACUCGCACGGCUCUCCGGAUCUCACCAACUUGUUUGCCUCGGCUCUCACUCGGGCUUCCUUCAAAGGAAAUCGGAGCAGGAAGACGGAUGUUACGGAGACCUCCAACUUCUCCCAAGUGGAGCGGCUCAUGAGGAAGGAUCCAUCGUCGUCAUCAGAGAGGAGAGAGUUCGGGGCAACAGGAAACCAGAUGCGAGGGGUUUCCCUAUCCCCCCCUGAAGGGCCAGAAGGGCCUCUGCACCACCGGCAGCCGCUCUACCACCAGCCCGGCCUGUUCCACGCCCACAACUCGGCGUCCUCCUACCUGGAGGCCUCGCUGCCCCACCGCUCCUACCGGGUCCAGCCAUCCAAACACAGCCUGCAUCACGUCAACAAGAUCCUGCGCGCCAAGAAGCUGCAGAGACAAGCUCGGACGGGAAACAACGUGGUGAAGAAGAGGGGUCCCGGCCGGCCCCGGAAAUACCCGCUGCCGUCCCCUCCGCCGCCCUCGCCGCCGGCGGUCGAGUCAAACGAAGCGCGGCAAAGGGACAGAGGCGGGGACAGGAUACCAGACGGACGAGGGUGGGAGGGGGACACGGUCACGGAUGCUAUUGAGUCGGUGGUCCAGGGACAGAGUCGGAAAACUCAGAAAAGGAAGCACUGGGACAGAGAUGGAGACGAAGAGGAGGAACAGGAGGAGGAGGCGGUUCCAGAGGACAAAGAUACAGAGGAGACAGUGGAUGCACUACCAAUCAGGGAAGAGAACCAAGACGAAAACACGGGGAACCUGGCAGCAAGGUCCAGACCCGCGGCAGGACGGAGCUGGCCCUCUGCAGAGGAACAUCAGCACUUUCAGAGCUCCCAGGAAAGGAAGCCAGAAGGCCAUCGCUCCCCGGAGCACGGAGGCGCCGCCCCCGCAGAACAAGCUCCGCCCGCUCCUGUGACCAGUCAGCGAGAGAAGAGACCAGCAAGACCGCCAAAGAAGAAGUUCCAGAAAGCUGGCCUGUACUCCGACGUGUACAAAACAGAGGACCCCCGCAGUCAGCUCCUGCAGCUGAAGAAGGAGAAGCUGGAAUACAUUCCUGGGGAGCACGAGUACGGACUCUUUCCUGCACCCAUACACGUUGGGAAGUACCUGAGACAGAAACGCAUCGACUUCCAGCUGCCGUAUGACAUUCUAUGGCUGUGGAAACACGAUCAGCUCUACAAGAGGCCGGAUGUUCCUCUUUACAAAAAGAUCCGAUCAAACGUCUAUGUGGAUGUGAAGCCCUUCUCUGGGUAUGAAACGACCACGUGCAACUGUAAACCUCCGGAGAACUCGGAUGACAAAGGCUGUCUGGAUGAUUGCCUGAACAGGUCGGUGAAUGGAGUGUACCGGAUCGGCCUCUUUGCUCUGAAGGAUGUCAACAGCGGCACUGAACUCACCUACGACUACAACUUCCACUCCUUCAACACAGAGGAGCAGCAAGCCUGUAAGUGUGGCUCGGAGAGCUGCCGCGGAAUCAUCGGCGGGAAGAGUCAGCGGAUCAACGGCCUGCCCGGGAAAACGGGCGGCGCCCGGCGCCUGGGGCGACUCAAAGAGAAGAGGAAGUCCAAACACCAGUUCAAAAAACGAGAGGAAGAGUCCAGCGACAACAACAAGUUUUACCCUCAUCUGAUGAAGCCGAUGUCCAACCGAGAGAGGAACUUUGUCCUGAAGCACCGAGUUUUUCUUCUGAGGAACUGGGAGAAAAUGAGGGAAAAACAGGAGCUGCAGAAGCGAGAAGGCGAGCGAGACGCCGGCAGCCUCUCCAUCUACACGCGAUACGGCGGCGUCACUCGAGACGACGGCAACAUCAAGUCCGACGUGUUCCAGACGCAGUUCUCGGCGCUGCAGACGCUGCGGUCCGUUCGCACGCGCAGGCUGGCUGCUGCCGAGGAGAACACGGAGGUGACGCGGACGGCGCGGCUGGCGCACAUCUUCAAGGAGAUCUGGGAAAUGAUCACGGGCUACAAAGAUUCAGCAGGUCAGGCGCUCGCCGCUCCUCUGAUGAACCUCCCGUCCAGAAAGAGGAACAGCCAGUACUACGAGAAGGUGUCUGACCCGUUGGACCUGAACACCAUCGAGAAGCAGAUCGUAACCGGCCACUACAAGACGGUGGAGGCCUUUGACACCGACAUGCUGAAGGUGUUCCGCAAUGCUGAGAAAUACUACGGCCGGAAAUCCUCGGUGGGCCGGGACGUCUACCGGCUGCGGAAGGCCUACUACAGCGCUCGCCACGAGGCCGCGGUCCAGAUCGACGAGAUCGUGGGCGAAACGGCGAGCGAGGCCGACAGCUCCGAUUCGCUGGAGCGCGACCAGCACCAGCACGGAGGAGGCGCCCACGACAAGGACGACGACGUGAUCCGCUGCAUCUGCGGGAUGUACAAAGACGAAGGCCUGAUGAUCCAGUGUGAGAAGUGCAUGGUGUGGCAGCACUUCGACUGCAUGCGGUUGGAGGCGGAGGUGGAGCACUACCUGUGUGAGCAGUGUGAGCCCCGGCCGGUCGACCGGGAAGUUCCCAUGAUCCCUCAGCCCAGCUACGCCCAGGCCGGCUCCACCUACUACAUCUGUCUGCUGAGAGACGAGCUGCUGCUGCACCAAGGCGACUGUGUGUACCUGAUGCGGGACAGCCGGCGCUCACCUGAGGGUCAGCCGGUCCGGCAGUCCUACCGCCUCCUGACGCACGUCAACCGGGACAAGCUGGACAUCUUCCGGAUCGAGAAGCUGUGGAAGAACGAGAAGGGGGAGCGCUUUGCGUUCGGGCAUCACUACUUCCGCCCCCACGAGACGCAUCACUCUCCAUCGCGGCGGUUCUACCAGAACGAGCUGUUCCGCAUGCCGCUGUACGAGAUCAUCCCUCUGGAGGCGGUGGUGGGACCCUGCUGCGUCCUGGACCUCUACACCUACUGCAAGGGGAGACCGAAGGGAGUGAAGGAGCAGGACGUCUACAUCUGCGACUACCGCCUGGACAAGUCGGCUCACCUGUUCUACAAGAUCCACCGCAACCGCUACCCGGUCUGCACCAAACCCUACGCCUUCGUCCACUUCAGCAAGAGGCUGGCGCCCAAACGGGACUUCUCGCCACAUUACGUUCCCGACACCUACAAGAGGAACGGCGGCCGGUCGGCGUGGAAAAGCGAAAGGUCCAAAGAAGCCGGACGCUGCGAGGAAGACGACGCCUCCUGCGAGCGCGGAGAGGACUUCCCCGCUGAGACAGAGGAGGGAAGGGGGGCGGAGGAGGCUCCGGAGGACCCCGACUUUCUGUCAGCUAAACCCAGACUAACCGAAAAGGGAGGAGGAGGAGAGGAGGAGGAGGACGAUGAGGAGGAGGAGGAAGAGGAGGAGGAGAGGCAGGAGGCUCGCGUCUGCAAGGAGCUGGAGGAAGGUUCCAGCGACCGGAUGGGGGAGAUGCUGGAGCUGCCGCCGCCUCUGUCGUCCUCGCCGCUGCAGCACCGAGCGCUCAGCAGGAGGGAGGUCCAGAGGGACCGGCUCAACAAGAUCCUGCUGGACCUGCUGCACCGAAACCCCAGCAAGAAUGCCAUCGAUGUCACGUACCUCCUGGAGGAAGGAGCGGGACGGCGGCUGCGGCGGCGGACGCUUGGAUUCGGAGACUUUAUCGUCAGGAAGUGACGGUGCCUGUCGAGCCUUUACCGCAGAGAGCAGACGGCGAGAAACCCGGACGAGCGACGGACAGUGGAGCGCCGUCUGUUCCUCAGGAAGCUGGAAGUGGUUCUGAGAACUAAUGAAGACUUUUGGUUUAUUUAAGUAGUUUCAUGCAGAAUGCACAUAGGAGAAGGAACCAUGCACUUAAAGAGCAGAUGGAAUCCACACGCCGGAUCAGGAGCCACUGGUACUGGAACAGGAAAAUGGCUCCCCCCGGUGGAAUCCAGCUGCAACGACAGACCGAGCUGGAGCUGUGGGGGGGUCAGUGGAGAACUGCACUUUUUGGUACCGUGGACAUGAUAUGGUGAAGCUCUGAAACACACUAACGUCUGAGUCGGAACGCCGUUUUUCCCGCUUCGCCGCCGCUUUUGACGGUGAAAGUCUCGUGGCAGUUUUGACCUUUCUCCCGAAGCCGCCCCCCGUUUAGAAGACACGUUUAACUCACCAGCUGCAGUAAAUCAGGCAGGGAGGGGGGCGGCGGCUCUAACUGUAACGCCUUACACAGCCGCAGACGCGUGCGCAGACGCGUGCGCAGACGCGUGCGCAGACGCUUAAAAAUAUUCCUUUUUAAAAAAUAAAAAAAAGAGAUAGAAAGAAGAGGGCUCAAUGGCAAUGACGUUUUGAAAAAACAGUUCUUAACAUAAAAUGUAUGGUGAUGUCCUAUUUUCUUAUGUGAGAGGAGGCGGUCUAUACUGUAUAUUUGGAGGGAAGUUCAAAACUUUUUCUUUUUUUUGGUUUCUCGUUGCCAUGGAGAAAAUUGUGAUAUUUUAUGGGAUGUUUUUCUCCCUCACUGGCGGGAAAACUGACAGGAGCGACGGAUGAAAGAGGGCCGAACAGGAAGCUGUACAGUGCCAAGUUCUGUAAAUAGACACACUUUACAUUGAGGAGCGUCUCCAAAAGCAAUAUCUGAAAUAUGAACUUUGUUUAUUAUUGUACUGUACAGGACUGGCCCAUAUCGUAUUAUUAUAUAAUAUUAUAACUUCUUCCAUUUGUAUUAAUAUAAUGAACACUUACGCACGGAGGAAAGGCAUUUUUGUAACGUUGGGAGAGUCGCACCAUAACUGUCCUCUUGACUAUAAAUUAAUUCACGAGAUCCGACGAAUGUGGAGCAGACGAAGGUUUCUUUGUCUUUGUUAAUAAUAUUUCUUCUAAGGAGAGUUGACUCCGUUCUUUUUUGCUGCAAAGUGUUGAACACUAAAAAAACAACCUAAAAAAUGUCAUAUUUUUAAAUGGAAACAGAAUCAGAAAGUAAAGCUGUCGACCCGAUUUUGCUUUUUUUUUUCUUUUUAAUAGGAAACGGUUCCGUUUUUGUGAUGAGUCGUUGUAAGAUGCUUGUACUUGUGUUUGUGUGUUUUUGUGUGAUUUGUUUAGUUCUUUUUAGACAAUCACAAAAUAAGAUGCAAGCAUUGUAAAUGGCAGACUGGCAGACGUUUUGUGAUGUGUACAGUUUGUCAAAAAAAAACUUCUUCCACUUGUUUGUAAUUAUGAUUCUUAAGUCAUAAGAAAUGCUGUUGGUUUUUACUUUUUGUUUUAUAUUUGUUUUUGUUUGUUUUUUAAAUAAAAAGCACUACAUUAUUGUGAA